AUGGAUAACAUCACAGAGGUGGAUAAUUUCAUCCUUGUAGGAUUAACAGAUAUCCCAGAGCUCCAAUUACCUCUAUUCAUAAUAUUCACCCUCAUUUACCUCAUCACCUUGGUGGGGAACCUAGGUAUUGUAGCCUUGAUCUUCUGGAAUUCUCAUCUCCACACGCCCAUGUACUUUUUCCUCAGUAACCUCUCACUGGUGGAUUUUUGUUACUCAUCAGCAAUUACACCCAAGGUGAUGGCUGGAUUCCUCACGGGAGACAAUGCCAUCUCCUAUAAUGGAUGUGCUACACAAAUGUUCUUCUUUGCAGCUUUUGCCACUAUUGAAAAUUAUCUCCUGGCUUCAAUGGCUUAUGAUCGUCAUGCAGCCAUAUGUAUGCCUUUACAUUAUACAAGCACUAUGACAUCAAGGGCAUGUGCUGGUCUAGUGGUAGGUUCCUAUGUCUAUGGCUAUUUGAUCUCCUCCAUCCAAAUAGGAAAUACUUUCAGUCUUUCUUACUGUCAUUCCAAUAAAGUCAAUCACUUUUUCUGUGAUAUUCCCCCACUCCUGGCUCUCUCCUGUUCUGAUAUCUAUAACAAUGAGUUGAUUCUUUUUAUUUUUGCAGGAUUCAAUGCCUUUUUUGCCCUUCUAGUCAUCUUGACCUCUUACCUAUUCAUUUUUAUUACCAUACUCAGGAUCCCCUCUGCUGAGGGCCGCCAGAAAGCUUUCUCCACUUGUGCAUCCCACCUCUCUGUAGUGUCCAUAUUCUAUGGGACAAUCAUUUUCAUGUACUUACAGCCAAGCUCUAAUCAUUCCAUGGAUACAGACAAAAUUGCAUCCGUCUUCUAUACCAUGAUCAUUCCCAUGUUGAACCCUCUAGUCUAUAGUUUACGAAACAAAGAAGUCCAUAGUGCUAUCAAAAAAGUUACUGGGGGUGGAAAUAUUCAUUAG